AUGAACAUGUCAGUGUUGACUUUGCAGGAAUACGAAUUCGAGAAGCAGUUCAACGAGCAUGCAGCCAUCCAGUGGAUGCAGGAAAACUGGAAGAAAUCAUUCCUGUUUUCAGCUCUGUAUGCUGCCUUUAUAUUUGGUGGUCGGCACCUAAUGAACAAACGAGCAAAAUUUGAACUGAGGAAGCCACUAGUGCUCUGGUCUUUGAGCCUCGCCGUCUUCAGUAUAUUUGGUGCUGUUCGAACUGGUGCUUAUAUGCUGUACAUUUUGAUGACCAAAGGCCUGAAACAGUCAGUGUGUGACCAGAGUUUUUACAUUGGACCUGUCAGCAAAUUCUGGGCAUACGCAUUUGUGCUAAGCAAAGCACCUGAACUAGGUGAUACAAUAUUCAUUAUUCUUAGGAAGCAGAAGCUCAUCUUCUUACACUGGUACCAUCACAUUACCGUGUUACUUUACUCUUGGUACUCCUACAAGGACAUGGUGGCUGGCGGUGGCUGGUUCAUGACCAUGAACUACGGAGUACACGCCGUCAUGUACUCCUACUACGCCUUGCGGGCUGCUGGCUUCAGGGUCUCACGCAAGUUUGCCAUGUUCAUCACCCUCUCGCAGAUCACUCAGAUGUUGAUCGGUUGCGUGAUCAAUUACCUGGUCUUCUCCUGGAUGCAGCAGGGCCAGUGCCAUUCCCACGUGCAGAACAUCAUCUGGUCCUCUCUCAUGUACCUCAGCUACUUUGUGCUCUUCUGCCAUUUUUUCUUUGAGGCCUAUAUCGGCAAAACCAGAAAAGAAAGAAAGGUUGACUAGGGAUAGAAACGAGAAGCCAUAGCUCAGGGUCAUCAAGAAAAACAAAAUUAUAAGAAAAUUAAAGGCACAAGGAAACACAUAUAUGUAUGGUGCAGCUAAAACUUGGCAGCUUAGGGAAAGUUAGCAUGGUUUAACCCAGUAAGUUUAUGAUCCUAUCAUGGUGAGGACUCACUGAAUUCUACUCUAUCUCAAAGGACUGCUGAUGAAAGACAACUUCCUUCUUGUACCUCUCUGCUCUAGAAAAGAAGGAGAAAGGAAGAGAAAAAUCAAGAAAAAAGGAAAGAAAAGAGAGAAGAAAAGGGAAAUUAAAUAAUGUUAAGGGAGGAGAAAAAAGUGCAUUAAAUAAGCAGUGUGUUUUCCCAAGGUGGUGGAGAGACUUUAUUUAAAAAAAAGAAAAAAGGUUUCUAAAUCCUUUCUAAUAAUUUCUGUGCAUGAAAGGAAAAUAAAAGCAGAAGUGACAAAAAAAAUCUGUCUAUAAUAACAACAAGAUAGCAGAAUUAAAAUCUUUUCCAUAGAAGGUUAAUACCUUUAGCCAAAAUGAAGCCCAGAAAGAUGUUUCCUGCAUGGAAACUGGCUGAGCUCCACACUGUGGUUAGGUAUGGAUGGAAAAGAGACAAGAUUGAUUUCUCUGUUAUGUACUCUUGCCAGGAGAGCAGAUCUAGGACAUAGAGUGAC